AUGGAGAGAGCAACACUUCUCUUCUUUCUCCUUUUGUCUUCAAUAGCAAAGGCUCAGAAUGGCAAUGGAAGCAAUAUGAUAAUCUCAGUCCAUGUUGGUCUAAUCCUUGACACAGGAACACUGGUUGGAAAGAUGAGCCAGACCAGCAUCUCAAUGGCAAUCAAUGAUUUCUAUGCUGCAAACAGUAACUACACCACAAGGUUGAUUCUCCACACCGAGGAUGGCAAGGAGGACGCCAUUGGAGCCACCUCUGCAGCUUUCAAGUUGUUAAUCGAUGUAGGAGUGCAGGCAAUCAUAGGUCCUCAAAAAUCUUCUCAAGCUGUGUUCAUAUCAGAUCUUGGAAACAAGACUCGAGUUCCUAUUGUUUCUUUUUCAGCAACAAGCCCUUCUAUCUCCCCUGCCCGUGCAGCAUAUUUUGUGCGUACAGCAUUUAAUGACUCUUCUCAGGUGAAUGCUAUAGCCGCCAUUAUUAAGGCCUUUGGAUGGAGAAGAGUCACCCUUGUGUAUGAAGACACUGAUUAUGGUACAGGCAUCGUGCCGUAUCUCAUCGACGCCCUACAAGAGAUUGAUGCUCAUGUACACCACCGUAGUGUCAUUCCUCUAUCAGUAACCGAUGACCAGAUAUUAGGGGAGUUAUACAAACUACAAACCAUGCAAACAAGGGUCUUCAUUGUGCACAUGGCACCAUUUCUUGGCACCAAUUUCUUUCUAAAGGCAAAUGAGGCAGGAAUGAUGACAAAAGGUUAUGUGUGGAUUAUAACAGAUGGGUUAACAAAUCUAUUAAAUUCCUUUGACCAAUCUAUCCUUGACUCGAUGCAAGGACUACUAGGUGUGAGGCCUUAUGUACCAAAAACAAGAAAGCUGGAUGAACUCACCAUUCGAUGGAAAAGAAAAUUCCGGCAGGAGCAUCCUGAUAUUGAGAAGGCAGAGCUUAGCAUUUUUGCCCUGUGGGCAUAUGAUACAGUUUGGGCACUAGCAAUGGCUGCAGAGAAAGUUGGGAUCACAAAUUCUACUUUUUUGCAACCCCAAACCACAAACAAUUCAGGCAUCUUGGAUAUGUUAGAAUUCUCUGAGACAGGUCCAGGUCUUCUCAAGGCAAUCCUAGAUACCAAAUUCGAUGGCCUUAGCGGGGAACUCUGUCUCAUUGACGGGCAAUCACAAUCACCCACCUUUCAAAUAAUUAAUGUAAUUGGGAAAGGGGAAAGAGUGAUUGGUUUCUGGACACCAGCACAUGGGAUCUCAAGGACACCGAAUCCAAUUAGCAGAACUUAUUCAACUUCCAUGAUUAAUCUUAGCAUCAUUUUCUGGCCUGGAGAAUCAACCAUAGUGCCAAAAGGUUGGGAAAUCCCAACAAGUGAAAAAAAGUUGAAGAUAGGGGUCCCUGUAAAAGAUGAGUUUCAUGAAUUUGUAAAGGUGGAAUGGAAUCCUCUCACCAAUGCAACAACAGUGAGUGGGUACUGCAUUGAUGUCUUUGAUGCUGUGAUGCAAGCUUUGCCAUAUGCAAUCCCUUACGAGUAUGUUCCUUUUGAAAAAGCCACAGGGGACAGUGCAGGUUCAUACAAUGAACUUAUAUACCAGGUCUACAUUCAGAAUUAUGAUGCUGUGGCAGGAGAUGUCACAAUCAUAGCCAACCGUUCCUUGUAUGUGGAUUUUACGUUGCCAUACACAGAAUCAGGAGUGGUUAUGAUUGUUCCAGUCAAAGAGGAUGCAAGAAAGAAUGCAUGGAUCUUCUUGAAGCCACUCACAGUGGACCUCUGGCUCGGGACCUUGGCCUUCUUUUUCUUUACAGGAUUCGUGGUGUGGUUAAGAGAAAAACUGGAGAGCAACUUAUCAAAGAUCGUACUGAUCAUAUGGGUAUUUGUCGUGCUGAUCCUCACAUCGAGUUACACAGCUAGUUUGACCUCCAUGUUGACUGUUGAACAGCUCCAGCCAACUGUUACGGGAAUAAAACAGCUUAUAAAAAAUGGUGACUACGUUGGCUAUAAACGGGGUUCCUUUGUAAAAGAGCUACUGAUGCAGCUCCACUUUGAUGAGUCCAAGCUUAGAGACUUGGGAAGUUCUGAUGAAUAUGCAGAGGCACUCUCUAAGGGCAGCCACAAUAAUGGUGUAUCUGCCAUCUUCCAUGAGAUCCCAUAUGUCAGGAGCUUCCUUGCAGACCACUGUAGUAGAUACACAAUGGUUGGACCAGCCUACAAGACUGCUGGGUUUGGAUUUGUCUUUCCCAAAGGUUCCCCAUUAGUCCCUGAUGUAUCAAGGGCAGUCUUAAAUGUAACACAGGGAGAUAAAAUGGUGGAAAUAGAGAGGAAAUGGAUUGGUUACGAAAAUACUUGUCAAAAUCAAGACAUGACCCUAGGCUCACACAGGCUAAACUUCAACAACUUUGGAGGACUAUUCCUCACCACGGGAAUUACUUCAACUUCAGCUCUCUUGAUAUUCCUAGCUAUCUUUAUCUAUAAGAACCAGGAUGAGUUGAAAAUCAUGGGCUCCGGAUAUUCCAUUUGGACAAGAGUUGUAGUGUGGAGCAAAUACUGGGACAAGAAAGAUUUAACCUCCUCUACAUUCAAAAGGGACGUGCCAAUUGGUGGAUCCUCAUAUGUUGGUGAUAGCCUUGUACACAGAGCAAAUAUGAGGGCUUCAAUUAAUGCUGAUGGAUCGCAGAGUCCCAUUAGCAUUUCUGAACAUUCUGAUCUGAGCAUCUUCCCGCCAUACGAAGGAAUGACUUCUCAAGAACUAGGUAGUCCAAGCAUAGAAACUCAAGAUACACAAGCCUCUACAGAGAUAUACUAA